CACUCAUGGGCCCUUUUGGAGGUGGGGGUGGGGGAGGGUAACACUGAUAGCCCUUUAUUUGAGUUACGAUGUCAGCUGCUAACCUACUGCGCCGUGUUGUCGUUGAAGCAAUAGCGGUUACAUGAAUUGACUUAUAUGUGUUUAAAAUUAACUACUCAUCUGGAUAUUUGGCUUACCUGUAACUGUAAUAUUACUAUUAGUAUUAGGUGCCUGGUAAGUGCAAGUUUCACAUUUUGCUUGUUUUAUUUUUACUAUUUUUUUUAGUUUUACUGAUUAUACUAUUAGUAAGUAUUUGAAACUGAGAAAUCACGACAAUAAUGUAUAAUAAUAUUAAUGGUGACAAGGUUCACGGGCAUCGUAUCCCAUACUGCCCUCCCAAUUUUUUUUUUAGUGGGAAAAAACUGGAGGAGGUGAGGGGGGAUCACUGCAAAGAGUAAGAGUAAGAGAGAAAAUCUUACCAUGGCAAAUCCUAAUAACUAAUAAAUAAGUAUUAUUAACUAUGAUUUAUGUCUAAAAUUUAUUAAUAUUAAAUAAUUAAUUUGUGUUCAUAGAUAAAUAACACACUUUAAAUGUCUAAAGUAAAGUCUAAAGGCAUAGCCUGCCAUAGAAGUAGAAGGAAAAGAAUGUAGAGCCAGCAUUACUUAGUCAUUAUUUUUUUUUACUAUUCGACUAUGUUUGUUAGACCUAUUCUUUGUUCAAAACUUAUAUUUACAACCCAAAUGAGGCCUUUUGCAUGUUAUUAAUUGGUAUGUAUGUUAAUGAAGUCUACAGUUGCAAAUAACCUAGCACCCCUUCUUCCCCCCCCCCCCACUCCUUACUCCCCCAAAUACUAAACACAUUUCUAAUUCUAACUGUACUUUGGACUUCCAUUUUUUGGUUUAAAUUAAUAUAUUGUUAUAAGUCUAUGGGCUUCCCCUGGCACACUGUAGAAGUUCAGAGUCGGCUUUUGAAAAAAAAACAACGUAUAGAGCAACUUUGAACUUGAUCAACUUGAUGAAUGUUUGCUGAAAAAGGGGCCUUUUCUUUGACUGUGGUGGUUAUGGACUGCUUUCAUAUGCUCUAGAAGAAAAACAAUGUCAUGAGUGUGCCUUCUGCACUUAUCUCCAUAAUAAAUCAAAGAUUUAAAGUGUUCAACAUACCAAUAACUCCUGACAUAUUUAUGUACAACACUUAGGUUGUAAGAAAUAUUUCUGAAGCUAUAGACCAGGGGGUCCUCAAACUUUUUAAACAAGGGCAGAAUAAUGUCCCUCAGACACUGUCAAGGUCAGACACUAUAGUUUGACAAAAAUAUGAAUUCUAUGCACACUGCACAUAUUUGAUUUGUAGAGGGAAAAAAAAUUUGAAAAAACAACAUAUUUAAAAUGAAGAAAAAAUAUUACCAACAUAAACUCAAUAGUACUUCAAAAGGAAGUUUGGGUAAUAAAGAUGAUCAAUGUCUGGUUCCAUAUUUGGCGCUGCUAGCCAGGUACCCUUAUGGCGACCAGGCGGACCAGAUUAAGAACCCCUGGGAAGCAGAUUAAGUGUGCCAUAGUUUGAGGACCCCUGUGCCAUGUGAUGGCAAGGUCCCAUAAGUCUGAAUCAAGUUCACCCUGUAAAAACAUCUGUACAUUUAUAUUUGUUUUCAUUUCUAGGAAUCCUGCUUUCAGACAAUAAAAUUAACUUCAAAGUUGAAAGAUGGAUACAAGAUCUUUGAGCUCCUACGGUUUAAACUUCAGAGCCUUGUUCUACAUGGUAACACCUAAUGAAACAUCUUAUGAAAAAUUUAAAGAUGUGCCCAACUUUGUUCAGGAGGUAUGUUUGAAAAGAAUUUUUAUUUUUUCUAAUACUUGUUAAAUUUAUAUUUUGCUUUUUUUUCCCACAAAAGAAUGUGUUAAAUGUCAGAAGAUUAUUUUAUUAUACUCUAGAUCAGUGUUUACAAACUCUUUAUGCUUUGCCCCCCAACCAAUAACAGUGGUUAAAUUUUCAAAGUCUCCUGUCUAUCGGAGCCUAGCCCCACCCCAUCCCCUUAUGUUCUCUGCAGAUGAAAUUAUUCCCAUAAAAACAAUCAAAGUGUUCAAUGAUAACAAGCCUUGGAUGAGCAGAGAAAUAAGGGAGGCCAUACUCCACACAAAAAACAUGUUUAAGAUUAGACAGACAAGAAAUAAUCAGACUCAAAAAAUGACUUGAGGAAAAAAUUUAUCAGGGUAAAGAAAAACAAUGCAAACAAAAACUAGAAAGCUUAUACCUUAUAAAUAACUUGAAGGCACAUGGACUGGUCUAAAACGAAUAACAGGAUGUAUUAUAAUAAUAAUAAUAAUAAGACGUCUUUUAUAGCGCUGAGCUCACCGCGCUGUACAUAAAAAUUUUAUCAAAAGAGACAUAAUCAUGACAUUAAAAUAAAAUACAUUUAUGAAAUAAAGAACAGCAAUGUAUAUUCACCCACCCCACCACAUAACUUUUUCAAGGCAAACCAUGGACGGCAGCCAGCGAGAUCAUUUAUCGGUCAGAGGAGGGGAAUCAGUCAGGGUAGUAUAAUUUUAAAAGAUAUGUUUUUAGUGCAGUUUUGAAGGCCUUGUGUGUUGAGGAUGUGAAGAAUUUUGUAAAUGGCUUAAAUGACAUUUAUUGUCGUUUUGACAGUCUUGAUUUUGGAAAUGUACAUGAUGACAUGAUGAAUUCAUUUAACGACACCAGUAUUACACAAGAUGAUCCAUUACUGUUCACUGAGCAGGAUGUAAUGUCGUUAUUUAAGUAAGAUGCCUGCAGCCAAGGCUUCGGGGCAAGACCAGCGAAGUUGACGCUUGUUAAACUCUGCUCAGAAAAGCUCUCCUGUAUUUUUGUCACCAGUUUAUAUUUAAUUUAAUCUUAUAAAACUCAUACCAUACCAAAGCUACGGAAAACUUUAGAAAUUAUACCUAUUCCAAAGUAAAAUAAAGUCACUUGCAAUAAUGACAUACAUCCUGUCCCACCUUCCUCUAUUGAAAUGAGAUGUUUUGAAUUACUUAUCCUCAGAAUAUUUUUUUAUGAAAUACAGCGAAAACUUGACCCCCCCCCCCCCCCCCCAAAGUGUUUAUAAAUUUGCCAGUAAAGAUAUAUGAGUAGUUCUCACCAUUAAUAAUAAUCUAACAUGGCAUGUUCUGCAUGUGCAACAAUUUGAAGCCUACUAAACUUCAGUAUUACGGUGUGGGAAUUAUGGUCUGACAUUGAACACAUAUUAAUCAAGAAAGCUAGUAAUAUCACACAAACUAAGCAUCCUUCACUUAAAGAACUGUUUGAAGAAAAAUGUUCUGGUAAAACUAAAUUUAAAAAAUUUGAAUAAUACAUUCCACCCUCUUCAUCACAGAUAAAUAAGAUCAUCUUGAUCAGGGCAAACUUUUUCUCUUAAGUUAAGAACGAAAGAUAGAAAAAUUAUUUUGUUUCCCAGUCUUUACGAAUUCACCAGCAUGGUUACCAAAUCUAAAUAGUCACUAAUUAAGUCAAUAUGUCACUAAGAGAGUUCAUUGAUGGCUGAUUUCUACACUAGAGAAAUACUUAAAGAUGUUUUCUGUUUAAAUUUUUACAACUGUAAAAUGUCUUAUUUAUAAUAUGUUCUUAUUUAUGUGCUGAAAAAGUAAUAAAAAAAACAUUUCCAUUUAUUUGGAUCAAUAGAAGAAUCUUGUCAUGUAAGAAUUUGAACCCUCUAUUACAUUUAAAUGUGAACGUAAGGGAUAGUAUAAUAAUAUAGGGCCCUCACUCAUGACAUUUAAACUGAUACAAAAAAAACAUACAUUGCUCCUUUCUUAGGCAGUUCCAUAUUGUACAAUACUAAUGGUCCUCGAGUGCUUGCUUCUCAAACUACAAGGAAAAGAUUUGCCAAGGAUUAACGAUGGGGUCAACAGCAUGACUCAUGGACUGCUGUCAGCUUUGCAUGUGUGAGUCAGAUAUAAAAAAAAUAUUGUCGCUCCUAGCCAGGACUUAUCAUUCAAAGAUUAAGGGCUUCAUUUUAUUUUCCAAAACAGCUUAGUGUAACAUAAUAAAAUAAAUGUCUUUAACUUAUAAAAAAUACAAAUAAAAAUUAUCCUCUAUAUCAGGGGGUCUUAAUGUUAUGGUCUGUAAUCCACUCAUCUGCAGCUCUCUACAUCAUGGUCAUGGUUUAAAUUCUAAAAGUUUAUCUAGUUAUAAUAUAAGAUCUUUUCAAAUGCACAUUUUAAGGUUGUGUAAAAAAUCUACCAUUAGCCUCUGCCCAAACGGCCACCAAUAAAUUUAAUAGCAUAUGUUCAAUUUUGUUAAUAAAGCAAAUUAAUUGUUUAAAAUGUCUGCUGCAGCAAAUUAUGUAACAAUGCACAUCGCCAUUAAAAACUGAAUACAGUAAUUUAUGUGCCUAUCUUUUGUAAAUCUUUUUGAGCAGGUUGCUGUUCAGAGCCAUAGAGUUAGUGAUCUAUGUAUGGAUCUACCAUAAUUGGCGUUUUAUAGAUCUUCCCUGGAAUAAUCCCUGGACCUGGAUUUUAGGAAUGGUUUGCACUGAUUUCUUGUACUACUGGUUCCAUCGAUUAAGUCAUGGUAUGCUCAUCAAAUAGGAUUUCUAAGGUGUUUUAGGGCAUUUUAUUAUAUUCAGUUGUUUUAAAUUAUUUCUUAUUUUGGUAAUUUUAUUUUUAAAAUAAGCAUAAAAUAUUUAGUUUAAAAGAUUAAUCAAAUAUAAUUUUUAAAGUGAUGUGUAUAAAUUUAAGCCUAAAUUCUACUGCAUCAGAGAGUAACAUUGUUUGGGCAUCUCAUCAAGUCCACCACAGCUCAGAAGACUAUAAUUUUACAACAGCAUUACGACAGUCCCUCAUGCAGAGAUACUAUUGCAUGGUAAGUAUUAGAAAGGUGUUUUUGCCAACCUUCAUUUCUUGUUUUAUUUGUUUGCCAAUUAGUUACAACUAGAACUAGUUACCAAUAGAAAUUUAAAAUUAACAGUAUUUACCAGUAUUGGUUGCUCAGACACUUGAGAGCUAUACAGAUUAAGAAUUUAAAAUUUUUUAAAACACCAAUAAAUGAGAAAUAUUUACUAAGAGUAUUUAGAUUGAGGUUGUUGCUGUCUAUUCUCGUUUCAUGAUAUAACUCACCCUUUGUUAAUUUUUAAAAUUUCCUAUCCAUUUACCCAGUUCUUUGGUAACCUCAUCUUUCAAUGAAAUUUCACGAGCAAUGAUAUUGUUGUAUUACAGCUGCUAAAAUUUGUUAUCCUUUCCUUCUACAGUUAAUGUACUUCCCCAUGGCUUUGUGCAUACCUCCGACAGUUUUCCAUGUGCAUCAACAGUUCAACCUUCUUUUUCAGUUCUGGCUUCAUACUGAGGUAAAUCUUAUGAAACAAAGAAGUCUUUAUGUAAAUUCACCAUGGUGGUCAUGUCUUUCCCAAACUGUUUUUUUUUUAUGUUUCUUCAUACUUGUGCAUAACAGAGAGUAAAAAAGAAUAGAAUAAAACACCUAAAACAACUCUCAUAUUUAAAACAUUGACAGCAGUGACUUGCAAACAUAGAUGUUUAAAGUUUUAAAUACAUGUGGGAUGCGAAGAGUUUACUUCCUUACCAAAAAGUCUCCUCGUUAUCAAAUUGGCCCGAGACGUCAAUUGGGUGGGCCACCCCUGAAUAAAAUGAAUUAAGUUUAAAGAUGAAAUUUUGUGUCUUGAUUCUGUUCACAGGUGGUGACUACAUUAGGUCCACUGGAAUACAUCUUCAACACCCCCAGCCACCACAGGGUACAUCACGGCAGAAACCCUUACUGCAUUGACAAAAAUUUUGCUGGAACACUUAUUAUUUGGGACAGAAUAUUCAGUUAGUUUAUUUCAUAAAAAAUAAGGGUAUUUAUUUAAGUUUGUGCUUCAUUUUAUAAACUUUAAUGAUUAGAAUUAUCAUAAUUUUUAGAUGCUCCUAAAAGGUGUUUAAAUAGAUACUUGGGGAUGGAUUUGAUACAAUGAUAAUCUUUCAUUAACUUUAACUAAUGAAACCUAAUUUCUCUUAAUCUAUAUUUUACUAUAAAAUUGUAUGGUAUUGGUAUUUGCCAUAUGUCUGCAAAAAGAAAUAAUUUAAAAUUUUGCAGGGGUUUCAAACGUAUUUGAUUUUGAAUUGAAUCCUGCCAUAUAUGAGAUAAGAAAAGAUUCUUUUAUUGAUCCAAAUAAAUGGAAUUUUUUUUUUUACUACAUUUCAUUUUAGCACAUAAAUACAUACCGGUACAUAUUUUAACCAAGACAACAAUUUCAUGAUAAAUUAAGAUAAGUAUUUUUUAUUGAUCCAAAUAAGCGGAAAUAUUUUUGAUUACAUUGUUUAUUUUUAUUUUCAGCAUUAAUAAAUACAUAUUUUAACCAAGACAACUUUUACUAUAACAAUUUAAACACAAGACAUCUAAAGUAUUUUUCUAUUGUAGAAAUCAGCCAUAAGUGAACUCCUUUAGUGACAAUGACUCAAUUAGUGAUCAUUUAGAUUGGGUACCAGACUAUGGUGGUGUUGUUUUUGUUUGAUUUCUUUCCAAAAAAUUUUUUUAGAUAAUAUUUAAUUCUUAUAAAUUCAUCCAUAAAACUUGAAUCUUGUCAGGAAGUUAAAUUAAGUUGUAGAAUUAGCAUAAUAAAUAUAAAGCUAAAAUGUAUUAUAAGCAAAAAUGUCUUUUUUGACAGAUCAUAUCAAGUUAUGAUUAUUACCUUAUUAUUUUUUGUAUUUUACUGGCCUAUAAAAAAAAUAUCACCAAAGGUUUCAUUGCCAUCAGAUAAAGUAUCCUCAAAAUAAAACUGGCAAGCAGAAUUAACCGUUACUGGUUAUUUUAAUAUUUUGUAUUUACUUUUAGGUUAAAACUGUAAUAUUAUCAUAUACUAUAUAUUAUACAGAUACAUUCCAGGCUGAGGGGGAGAAAGUUGAAUACGGUUUAGUUCACCCCAACAACUUCUGGAGUCCACUUUAUGGCCAGGUAUGACUUAUCAAGCAUGGCAAAGAUGAGUUGAGAUGAGUUAUUCAUCCAAUAGUUUGUGAAUUUAGUAUUAAUUAGUCAAAUAUGCAUCGGCCAACAUUUAAAUUUAUUUUUAAAAAGUAAAAUUUAUUAAUUAUCUCUGUUCUAUUAUUUUAAAUUUUGUAUAGGCUUGCAAAAAAAAAGACAGAACAAUUUUUUUUCAAGCCUAAACAUAUCUUGUUUCACCAUUUAUUUACUUCGCAUGGCUUGAAUGCAAAUAGUCAUAUUCAAACAGGAUGUCUAAUCCUUUGUCCUCCCUUUUCAGUUUUACUACUAUUGGUAUAUAGUUGGACUGGUUAGAAAAUACAAGGGCCUAGCCAACAAAUUAUCUGCUGUGUUUAAAGGACCUGGCUGGGAACCGGGGAAACCUUGGAGAGGCCUUUAUGAAGAGAUCCCAGAGGUAUGCAUCACAGAAGAGUUAUCUGAAGAUAAUUUGCUUGCCCAGUCUUGUAUCAAAUAUUAAAAUAUGUUAAAAAAUUGUUUUGGUCUUUUUAAUUAUUAAAAUAAUUUUUUUAAAAUAAAAUUACUAGCAACAUAGAAGAAUUUGUCUAAAUAAUAAAAUAUGUAUCUUAAAUCAUUGCCAUUAUAUCAUUAUCGGAAGUAUUUUCUUUCAGGUGCAACCACCAGUAAAAAAAUAUAAUAGUAACCUCCCUUGGUGGGCCAAUGUCUAUGUACUAAUACAUUUUACAUUAGUGUUUGCAUACUUUGGUUUAGUGGCACCAUAUAAAAAGGUGAGAAACUCUUUUUACACUUUACAUCUGGUACUUAAAGCUGAAGCUGAGAAAAACAGUUGAUCUUAAACUUAAACAUGUAUUAACAGUAAUCUCAUCAUUGGAGAUAACUUGUCAAUUUUUUUUUUUACCAUUACAUCAAGAAAGGGUUUUUGGAAACUUUAUUGAUUGGUUUGUCCAUCAUCAUAUUUUCAUGUUUAUGUAUGCUAAUUUCUUUUUCUUUUUGCAGCAAAUGACGUUUCUAAUUAGUCUUGGAUUUGUUGCUUUCUUUAUUUAUUCAGUGUCUGUUUUUGGAGUUUUAUACGAUCACAGGUGAGUUGGGGAUCGAUUUUUUUUUUUUUAAAUGAAACUAGAAUUUUAAAUAUUUUUUUAAAAACUAUUUUCAACACUAGAUUCUAGAUUAAUUAAAAGUUAUAUUUUUGUGAUGGGAAAACAGUGUUAGGUGGCUAUUGUUAAACUGAACAAUAAUUUCUAAAGGUGUAUUGUUACAAAAUAAAAAAAAAAUUGAUGUUACUGUAUUUAAAACAUUUUCCUCUUCCCAACAGAAAAUAUGGCUAUCUCCUGGAGUUUUUGAGAUGUGUAUUAACACUGGUAGUCAUUCACAUAGUGAGUGGACAUGUCACGGUGGACAUGUCUUUUGCUACGGCACUCAUGAUAUUAUAUGUUGUGUCUGCUGCACUGUGGGUUUUGCUGGGAGCACUGAAUUAUGAUAUCUAUGAUAAGAAUUGGCCAAGGAUCGAGGAUCAUGGCAUUCCUCUUGACACAAAGGUUCCACACAACAUGAAGCCAAUAGCGCAGAGGCUACAGAGCACAGAGGACAUACUGCCAGAAAAGCCCGGGUUAACUCUGCACCUGGAGAUAUCCUCCGAAUCUGUCUUAUCAGCCAUCUGCGCACCCACAGCCCAGUUCAUAGCUAACACCAAUACGAGGAUUUAACUCUUUUAAUUUCUUUUAUAUAAAAAGUGUAACUUUAUAUACUCAGUUUACUUUUUGCACAUAAUAUUUGUUUGUUUUUUUAAAGUAUUCUAAUACUUAUUUAAUCCUACAGUUGGAAGCAAAAAAAUUAAAUAAUUAAAGGAUUAUAAUAAUUUUGAUCUGUUUUGCGAGAUGAAGAGACACAUGACAUGCCGAAGUGAGAGGCGCCAUCAAGGGCACAUUUUUGUUGCACCCAAAUCGAUGUCACAGUACACUCUCUAUGAAAGAUAAUAUGACUGGUGAAAAUAUGAAGAUAAUUGAGAACUAGAAUCAAGUGAUUCUGAUUUAUAUUUUGCUGAUAAUCUUCCAUUACAGCCUACUGCAGUAGUAAAUACCAGAAGGUUAGUUUUCAAGUGUUUCUUCAUCAUUUUUUUCUGAGUUUUAUUACAAUUUUUAGAAAUGACUCAGUUUAAUUUUUGCUUAAAAUAUUUACUAGCCAAUUUAAUAUGAAAUUUCUUAUAUUUCCCCAGUUUAUAAUGUGAAUAUUUUAUGACAUUAAAUAAUAAUGAAGUGGUUAUUCUUAGUGACUGUUGCUAAGGAGUGUAAACAAUAGAUUUGCAGCUACAUGCACUUAUGAUGAUAUAUUUCAUGCUAAAGAACAUAUUUCUUUCACAUCUCUGUGUGUGUUGUAAAUAAAUAUAUUUAAUUAUACUCAAUAUAUAUAUGUCGAUAGUCUCUCUUAUUUCAAAUUAUAUGAUAGCAAAUGUAUUUUCUUACAUGAGUAGUAGAACUAAUGCUGAUGUUGUAGACGACCAAAUAUUAAAUCAUAAAAUUUAUUCAUGUAUACUUAUCGCUAACUUCAAAUUUAUACCAUAGAGGAAAUAUGAUAGAUCAAAUAGUUCCUGAAUGUACAGAUUUAAAAAUAAAUUGUAAAAUGUGCUAUAAAUAAGUAAUGCAAAAAAAGAAAAAAUUCAUAAUCAAAAGUAGCACAUAUGACACUUAACCUUUGUCUAAAAAAAACAAGUAAUUGUUUAUUGAUGACCUUUAAGUGUACAUUGUCUACUGAUAUGAUUUUUUGUGUGUAAAUAAUUUUAAAUAAAAAGGAUAACCUGCAAUUUUUGUGAAUACUUUGUGGAGGGGUGCUGAAUUUUUAUAUUAUUAUAUCCUCUCUUUUCACACAUUUUACAAAACCUUUUACAGUUUGAUCAAAUGCUCAAAACAUUAUCUGAUUUCUUUACAUGAUAUACACAAAUGAAUUUUUUUUCUGAAUAAACAGAUCUUAUGAAAAAUUCCAGGUAGUUCCUUUUUCUUCUUUGCAUCUGAUCACCAAAACAAUUUUAUUACAAUUUUUCAUUUAAAAAUUAUGCAUUUUAUUUUUACAACUUCUAAGUGUUAAACUUACAUGUUUAGUACGGUAACAAAUACUUAUAGAAAUCUCAUACAUUUCCUUGGAAAUUGAUAUAAACAUAAUGAACUUUAGACAUGGAUUCUAAAAGUUAUUGACAUAUUUAUAAUGUCACUACAAUUCUCUAAAAAGAAAUGAAAUUCAAGGAAUGCAAAGAGUUAAGUAAUCAUUGUUGAUUUUGACUGACAAACUAUAUAAUAACAUAACUGUAAAGCUGAGAAAAAAAGGAGAUCAAUGUCUGUACACGUUUUACUUGACAAUAUUGAAGUAGGUCAAUAUUCUUCAUUUCUUUUUUCGUAUGUGCUAUGAAUAUAAAUCCCAUUAGACAAAUACCUCUGUGUCAAAAAUAAUUUAAAAAAUGAACAUGUUUUAUAUUAAUGGAUCCACAUUUUAUUGCUCAAAAUAAUGUUAGUUUGUCCAUCAAAAUCAAUCAUGACCAUUUUAUAUAUGGGAUUGGUGCUGAAUCUGUCCAUGGGUGUGCAGAUGGCUUUUUAGGCCAAUAAUGGCACGAAAUAAUAUAGAAUUGUGUGUGUGCCUUCAUCCUGCAAAUUAAAUGACAACACAGAAAACUAAACUCCAGCUCCAAGCCUAAAGCAUGUUUCAAAUUAUUUGUUCUUAUUGUUUGCAUUGUCUUCUUGUUAACUUUGGCAUCUUCUUGUGGGUAUGAACAUGUUAUCUGUUGAUCUCUGUAUGAAUAUUUUUUACUUACAAAUAAAUCCAAUUAUUUUGC